CCUGCAGCCAGAAAGUAGCAAGUUAACCGAUGAGCACAACAACACUGUUACUCCUCAAGUUCAGCAGUAACAAACACUGAUAUUGUGGUCAAUGGAAUUCCAAAAGCUUGACUAACUCACAGGUAGCUAUUGAGCAUUGUGCAUGCGGGAUAUUUCUCAACUCGUCUGGUGACCCGCCAUUGUGACUGAAACAAUGUUGUGCCGCGGAUGAGGGAAAUAAUAAACACUAAAUAUAAACAUGAUUAGAAACGGACACUUCCAGUUUAUACAUUGUCCAACGACGGAAUGCACGUCUGAUGUUGCUAAAAUGUUCCGUGCCGUGCUCAUAUUUUUACUACUAGCGCGAGUGAACACCGAAUUGAAGUCGGUGCAGCAAAGUGUUUAUGUUUCGAGGAAGUCCAGGUCGAAUUCGGCGCCCAUAGAGACCGGCUAUGUGUACAGUCAAGUCAACAACAAGCCGGGCACGCUCGCGAUGUUUGGCAGCGACGCAAGCAAUUACAACUCGUUCGGCAUAGGACAGUACAACGACUAUCCUGGCGAGACAUCCAAAUACGACAAAAAGUCAGCGCCCUACAAAUAUGCUUCGAUGGAAGAUGUGCGACCGGCUAUAAUGCCCUACACCGAACCACCGAUGUCAAGUUACGACAUAAAUUACUCAAAAUCAAAAGCAGAGAUGAAAUUCGACUCGCAUUACUUGCCAUCGAAAAUGAAAUCCGACGCAAUGUACGAGAAGUUAAAGUCGCUGAUGCAUUAUAAAUAUCCCGAUAAUGGACCGAUGGUUGAUGGAGCUUACGACACCAUGAACGACUACCGCAUUGACGAAGACGACAUCAGAACCAGUUCCAGGAGCACAUACGACAGUUGGCCUUACUUUUACCACAGUCCCUAUGAGUAUGAAGCCAUGAAGAUGGGUUCUGAUGUAGAAAAAGCUAAAGACAAACGUUACAUUUCCCAGUCGAACCAAGACAGCAUUCCAGUUCACGAAGAUGUUGAUGAUAUUCCACACUAUUACAACAGGCCUGUUGAAACCACCAUUCGAUAUGACCGUGACACAUCUGCUGAUAAUCCUGUAUUUGGUGAUCAGGCAUUUUUCUCGUUUGUGCUUAAUGACUAUUUUGAUAAAAGUAGUGAAGAAGAUCCCUUAAUUUUCAAAGGACUUGAUUGGGGAAAGGAGUUUGACCAUGAAGCGUCAUUACCUGAUAUGGAUGAUUACUUGAAGAGAGAUAGACGUUUGGGGAGUAAAAAGAAUUACGAUAGCAAAACCAAAAAUUACGAUAACAAUGCUAGAGAUCAAACCAGUCAAAAGUCGAUACAGAAUUAUGAUUCAUCUAAACUAGCUGCUGGUGAAUCAUCAACUGAAAAGGGAUAUAACAAAAAGCACGCAUUUGAUAAACAUGAAAAAGGUGAUGAACGAAAAUCAGAUAACAGAUCAGCUUAUGAAAAUGCGGGUAACAAUUACAGAGGAUUUAAAGACUUUGUCGACACCUUCGCAAAUAAGUUCGGCGGGGAAGAACACAUGAAGGAUUCCAAAUACGUUCUCAAACAGAAUGCUGAUAAAGGUGAAAAUAGGAAAGGUUUCCGAAGAGUGUACCACAAGGAUGAAUACCAAGAAGACAAUGAAUUCUUUGAUAAUACAAAUAACAGUGCUAAGGCUGAAGAGAAAGGCGGUUCGACUGUGCAUCGGGGAGGCUCUGAAGCGUUUUUGAAGUCUCAUGCUACUGCGGCUACAGGCAACGAAGCAAAUGCCUACAAUAACGCUGGUAAUGCUUUAAACAACAGUUUUGAGAGGAACCAUAAAGGACAUGAUCAAAAUAAAGGAUUUGACAAUGAAUUCAACAGAUACCGUGACGUAGCCAAGAAAGCAGCUCUAAGUAAUAGUGCGGAUUAUAUUGACCGAUACAGAUCGUAAUUAAAUCAUCGUUAAAUGAACUUUUAAGUAUGUUAACAAU